AUGAAGAAGAAACGAGCUACAGCGGAGGAUAAGGACGUACCGGUGGCUAAACGAUCAAAGUCAAGUCCCACUGUCAAAUUAUCACCUACGAUCCCAAAGGUUGUACAAGUCGCAGUCUCCGACUCGAAAACGCCGAAUGAAGCCAAACCUCUCCCGAUGUUCAACCUAAAACCAGCUCACUUAGACCCUACCCGGGUCAUACCCGCCAACCUCGGGUUCGAUUUCCAACAAGCCAAGAGACAUCUGAUAGGAGUGGAUCCGAGGUUCGGGAAGGUCUUUGAGACACUGGCUUGUAGCCCUUUUGAGGAUCUGGAGAGUGUGGAUCCGUUCAGAUCACUAUGCACCUCGAUCAUAGGCCAACAAGUCUCAUGGGUAGCAGCCCGGGCGAUCAAUCACAAGUUUAGGAGGUUGUUUGAUAGGGGUCUGCCGGAGAAGGUUAAUACGGGGAGUGGUGCGGGAGGUGAUUCGGGAGGUGGUGCGGGAGGUGGUGAGGGCGAGGGGGGGUUGGAUGGCGAGAAGAACUCGUUCCCAGCCCCUGAAGAUGUCUUGAGGCUAUCUGUCGAGCAGUUACGGAUGGCUGGGUUGAGCGGGAGGAAGGCUGAGUAUGAACAUUUCAGAUCCGGCCAGCUGUCAACGGAGUUCCUCGCUACGGCAAGUGUAGAAGAAGUAUCCAAGGCUCUGAUCGGGGUUAGAGGGAUUGGGCAGUGUUGGCAAAAAGUGAACGCGUUCACUGAACGCGUGUCGAACGCGUUCAUUUCGUAUCCGCGCGCGUUCAUGAACUUGAACGCUUACGUCACCGCGUUCGCGUUCACUGAACGCUGA